CUGAGCAGAGGUAAAAAUAGGGUUUCCUUAAACUUUCUCUCAUUUCUGUGUGUGUUUUUUUCUCUCUACGCGACGGCCGACGGCGACAGUCUCCUUCUGAUCCUCGUCUCUCUCUCUCUCACUUUGUGCCUCCUCGUCCGGGAUAAGUAAUCGAAGAUGAUGACUGAUCUGUUUUUACAAUCUGCUAGAAGAACUGCUGGCCUCUGUCAUCCUGAUUGCGAACGAGCAAACAUGGAGCGAGAAGAUUACGAUGAAUCUGAACAUGCAGCUAUGGUAGCGGUGAAUCUGAUUAGCUCUGCACGGGUUAUCCUCAAGCUCGACUCUGCGUAUACUGAGUACUCAGCUCAGUAUUUGGUGGAUAACGCUGGCAAGGAGGACGUGCAGGGAGAAAGCUUCACUAUCGAAAAUGUCCUUCGGUACAUGGAAGAACAUGUUCAGACCAAGAUGGAGGAUAGGCAGAGAGAAAUUGAUCAAGAAAGCCGUCAGCUCACUGUCAAAGACUGCCUUGAAUGUGCUUUCAAAAAUGGGUUGCCGAGAAGAGAACUUUGGGGUCAUUUGGGAUGCUCGUUCAAGGCUCCUCCAUUUGCUUGUCACAUACCUCGUGUUCCCAUGAAAGGAGAAGUGAUUGAGGCUGAGAAUCUGGAUGCAGCAGUGAAGCUGUUGAUGAAACAACCAGUGGGAGCGAGACUGCAUCUGUUCAGUCCUGAGAUUGAUCGUGUUGGAGAGAAGGGACUUUAUGAAGGCCCUUCAGGUGAUGGAACACGAUAUGUUGGGCUUAGAGAUGUGAUGAUAGUUGCUGUGGAGAGGAUCGAGGGAAGCCUUGUUGUGACUGUGAAGCUAUGCUACAAGAAGAAGACUUCGUUUGUCAAAGUGUCUGCGAGACUUGUGCUUCUCCCGCUUAAUGGUGAUGACGAGUCUCAGGUCAAAGAGCCAACAUGUCUGCUUGUUGACUUCUGUGCCCCGCGCUUAUCUAUCAACUAAAACAAGCGAUGAGAUCUUGGUAAGUGAUCUGGACAACUUUAUGCUAGUUAUGGAACUUGUUCGUUGGUUCUAAUAUUAAGAAUGUUUUUAUCAGACUUAUUUUCUGUUUAAGAAGUUAAGUACCUUGAAAACCCUAUGUUUGUUGUGGAACUCAGUUUGUUUGUCUGAAAUUAAGAUUUUCUUAUGAGACUUUCAUCGGU